AUGGUGCUGAUGGUGACGAUGACCCCACCUGCUCGUGGCCCCCUUCAUCUCCGUCCAGCAAGGACCACGCCUCACCCAACCCCGGGGACGCGGGAGACUUUGGGGAGGAGGAGGGGGUGCCCGGGCUGCCGUACCCUUGCCAAUUCUGCGAGAAGUCCUUCAGUCGCCUCGGCUACCUGAAGCAUCACGAGCAGAGCCACAGCGACAAGCUGCCCUUCAAGUGCACUUUCUGCAGCCGUUUGUUCAAACACAAGCGAAGCCGUGACCGCCACGUUAAGCUGCACACCGGCGACAAGAAGUACCACUGCAGCGAAUGUGACGCCGCGUUCUCCCGCAGUGACCACCUCAAGAUCCACCUGAAGACCCACACUUCUGCCAAACCCUACAAGUGUGCCAUCUGCCGCCGGGGCUUCCUGACCUCCAGCUCGCUGUACGGGCACAUGCAGGUCCACGACAAGGCCAAGGAGAGCGGGCAGGCGCUCUCGCGGCUGGACGACUGGAGGCUGCACGACUCCCAGAAGUGCAGCCAAUGCGAGGAGGGCUUUGACCGGCCCGAGGAGCUGCAGAAACACAUCGCCGACUGCCACCCAGAGUGCUCGCCCAGCGAGGAUCGGGAGAGCUGCCAGUGCCCCUACUGCCCGGACCUCUUCCCGGAGGAGAGAGGUCUCCUGGCUCACCUGGAGCGGGCACACGCCCGGGGCAAGGCCGGGUCCUGUUGCGGGGCCUGUGCGGAGCGCCCCCUGUCGGCGGGAGGACCCUGCCCUAACCCCGACGGCCCGCGGCCCCCUUCAGAGCCUGGUAACCGCAGCAACAGCCCAUCCACGGUGACAGUGGUGGGCUACACCUCGGUGUCCAGCACCACACCCGACUCUAACCUCUCGGCGGACAGCUCGUCCGCUCCGGACCCCUCCCUGCAGCCCGGGAGGGGCCGCACCAAGAGGCGGGAGCUCCAGCCGCCAGCAGACGGGGCUGGGGGCCCAGCCCUGAAGCGGCCGAGAGCCAGCUACAGCUGCCCCCACUGCCACAGGCAGGUCUUCGGGAGCCUGUCGGGCCUGGUGGCACACCUGAAGAGUGCCCACGCCGAGCAGCCAGAGCAGCCUCACCCCUGCCAACUCUGCCUGGAGGUGCUGCCAUCCCUCUACAACCUCAACGAGCACCUCCAGCAGAGCCAUGAGGGUCUCCAGGACUCCCCUCCCCUGGCCAGCACCACCCCGGCCCUGCUCUACCAGUGCAACUUCUGCCCCCAGGCCCUCAGCGAUAUCAAUGGGCUGCAGGAGCACAUCCGCUGUGCACACAGCUAUGGCAGCUUGCUGACCAAGGACAGUAAUGCCUUCUUCUGCCCGCACUGCCUGAUGGGAUUCCUGACCGAGGCCUCGCUCGAUGAGCACAUCCAGCAAGUCCACUCUGAGCCUGGCGCUGCCCGCUUUGACUCCCCGCUGCUGACCAGCUCCAAGGAGGCCGUGGUGGAGGUCUUCUCCUGCUCCUACUGCACCAACUCGCCCAUCUUCAGCAAUGUCCACAAGCUGCAGAAGCACGUCAAGGAGAACCACAAGAACAUCCCCCUGGCCCUCAGCCACAACAACCACCACCUGCACCACCUGCACCACCUCCACCACCUCCAUCACGGCAGCAAACGCUCCAGCCGCGCUACCAGCCCCCUCUCGCCUCUGAGUACCGAGCAGUCCUCGGCCAAGGGGCCUCAGGGUGCAGCGGGCACCGCCCCCUCGCAGCCCGCCGGCGAGUAUUGCUGCAACCAGUGCCCGGGGACGUUCGCCACCUUCGACAGCUUCCAGGCCCACCUGAAGACCCACGCGGGCGCCGCCAAGGCUGCAGUGUGCCCCCAGUGCCACAAGGAGGUGCCGUCCCAGGAGGCCCUGCUGAAGCACGUCACCGUGCACUUCAUGAUCACCUCAACCUACUACGUGUGCGAGAGCUGCGACAAGCAGUUCACCGCCGUGGAGGAUCUCCACAAGCACCUGCUGGAGAUGCACACCUUCGUGUUCUUCCGCUGCACGCUGUGCCAGGAGGUCUUUGACUCCAAGGUGUCCGUGCAGCUCCACCUGGCCGUCAAGCACAGCAACGAGAACAAGGUGUUCCGCUGCACUUCCUGUGACUGGGACUUCCGUACUGAGACCGAGCUCCAGCUCCACGUCAGGCACCACCACCUGGAGCACCAGGGCAAGGCCCACAAGUGCAUCUUCUGUGGCGAGGCCUUUGACACCGAGGUGGAGCUGCAGUGCCACGUGACCAGCCACAGCAAGAAGUACAACUGCAAGUUCUGCAGCAAGGCCUUCCACGCCAUCAUCCUGCUGGAGAAACACCUGAGGGAGAAGCACUGCGUCUUCGAGGGCCAGGCCUCAGACUGCGGAGCUAACGGCUCCGGUGAGCAGGCCCACAAGGAUGAGGCAGAGCUGCGGCAGCUCCUGGCCAACCACCAGGAGGCGCACAACAGCCACGAGGGCAGCGAGGAGGACGUGGAUGCGGCGGAGACCAUGUACGCCUGCGAUAUCUGCGGCGCGGCCUACACCAUGGACUCACUGCUGCAGAACCACCAGCUCCGGGACCACAACAUCCGGCCGGGAGAGAGCGCCAUCGUCAAGAAGAAGGCCGAGCUCAUCAGGGGCAACUACAAGUGCAACAUCUGUUCCAGAACCUUCUUCUCAGAGGGCGGGCUCCGCGAGCACACCCAGACCCACCUGGGCCCGGUGAAGCACUACAUGUGCCCGAUCUGCGGUGAACGCUUCCCCUCCCUCCUGACCCUAACCGAGCACAAGGUCACCCACAGCAAGAGUCUGGACACGGGCACAUGCCGCAUCUGUAAGUUGCCCCUCAAGUGCGAGGAGGAGUUCCUGGAGCAUUGCCAGAUGCACCCGAACCUGCAGAACUCGCUGACUGGCUUCCGCUGCGUGGUCUGCAUGCAGACGGUCACCUCAACCCUGGAGCUGAAGAUCCACGGCACCUUCCACAUGCAGAAGACGGGCACUUGCCCCAACCCUCAGCCUGCCCCUCGCGGCUUGCCCCUGCAGAAACUCUACAAGUGCGCCUCGUGCCUGAAGGAGUUCCACUCCAAGCAGGACCUGGUCAAGCUGGACAUCAACGGGCUGCCGUACGGACUCUGUGCCCACUGCGUCAACGGCACCAAGCUCGCCAGCCCGACGGUGGGCACUACCAGCCUCAACGGCACCCAGCAAGUCUCGGAGCAGAGCCCCGGCAACGGCAAGGGUGGGCCGGCCAAGAGCCGCUGCCUGAACUGCAACGUGAAGUUCGAAUCCGACAGUGAACUCCACAACCAUGUCCGCACCGUCCACGCUGAGCCAAGCCCUGACAGUAACCAUCACCUGAAAACGCCCCAGGUCUCGCCAAUGCCCAAAGGCAGCUCCCCGCAACCAGAGGAGAAGAGAACGUACCAGUGCAUCAAAUGUCAGAUGAUCUUUCAGUGCGAAUGGGACAUCCAGGUUCACGUGGCCAACCAUAUGAUAGGAGGGGACAGGCCAGGAUUGGUGCUACAACGUGGUUUGGAAGGGGAGUCUCGCAGUCCGAGAGCAUUUAAAGAGGAAGGCCUUAACCAUGAGUGUAAACUCUGCAAUCAAACAUUCGACUCCCCCGCCAAACUGCAGUGUCACCUGAUCGAGCACAGUUUCGAAGGAAUGGGGGGCACCUUCAAAUGUCCAGUGUGUUUCACAGUGUUUGUUCAAGCGAGCAAGUUGCAACAUCAUAUUUUUUCUGCCCAUGGGCAGGAGGACAAGAUCUACGACUGUUCACAGUGCCCACAGAAGUUUUUCUUCCAAACAGAAUUGCAGAAUCAUACAAUGACGCAGCACAGCAGUUAAUGAUAUGAUGCAGUGCCAGUCGGCUUGUUUUGAAAUGGCAACAUGACUCGGACGUGUAGGACCACCUCACUCUUUGCACGAGAAUGUGUUCAUUGAUGGACAUUUUCAAGAGAUUAACAAAAAAAAACGCAAUGUAUUAUAAUAUAAAAAGGAAACUUGCAUCAGUCAAAAUAUUGUUUUCUUUUCACAUUGUUUAACCCUUUAAGUCAACAUACCGAGUUUCUGUGUAUACUAUACAUCUAUAGUAUAUAUAAGAUGUGACACAUGUUAUGUUACCAAUCCCUUUCACCAGUCUGAAGCUGGUUUACCUCCCUCCCCCCUGCAAAAACCCCCCUCCAACCCCCACACCACUUCCCUCACCCUUAAACAAACAUGAACUGUAUUUGUGGAAUUUGACCAGGAUUAGCAUUGCCAUUCAUGUGAUAGAUGUAAUGUAUAGCAAACAUCAGGCAUUCAUUCUAGAAAACUUUGGAAAGUUCCUUGCCUUUUAAAACUUUCUUUCAACAAAAUUUCUGUACAAUCAACUUUCCAGUCAAUUAAACCCUGCUUAUCCAUAACUGUUAUGAAGUGUUAAUUCUGCUGUCUGAACCUGGAUUUUGCUGGAAUUACUGUGUUUAUAUUAAGAAAUAAACCCAUGUAUCAAUGA